AAAUUAUAUGACAUUUUAUCUACCUUAAUUCAGUAAAUACUUCUACGAUAACUAUUAAUACCAUACUAAGAAACACAGAUACCGUGUCCAAAGUUUAAUAGAUUAUUCUUAAACCUUAUUGCAACGAGACAGGGCCUAACAAUGUUCAAUUAAGUAAGUAUAUUGAUGUCGGUUUAUGUGUAGUGUUGUCCUACUUGCACAUCGUUAACCAUAUCGGUAAACAACUAUAAAAAUAAAUUUGGAGCUAAUGAUGUAGACAAUAUGAUUACACAAGUGGCCUACCUAUCAGACAUAAUACAAAUAACUUUAUCACAAUAAGAUACGCGUACAUUGGGUUACCAGUCGCAUUUCGAUAUUCCUACAAGACAGAUAUGAGUUUCUCCGGUAAAGUGGUGCUAGUGACGGGUGCGAGCUCCGGUAUCGGUGCAGCUGCCGCCAUUUUGUUCACAAAAGAAGGCGCCCGAGUCGCCAUCGUUGGUCGAAAUGAAACCAAACUCAGCAACAUCGCACAGCAAUGCACGAAGAAAGGAGAACCACCUCUUGUCAUCAAAGCGGAUAUUUCCAACGAACAAGAAGCGAGCACUAUAGUAAAACAGACUGUCGACAAGUUUGGUAAAUUGGAUGUCCUAAUCAACAACGCUGGCUUUUCCAAACAGGGCUCGCUACUCGACGGAAAGAUUCUAGAAGCAUACGAUGAUGUAAUGAAAACUAACGUCCGAGCUGCAAUCCAUUUGACAACCCUGGCAACUCCUCAUUUGAUAAAAACAAAAGGAAACAUCAUCAACACGUCCAGUACUGGGUCUCUUCACGUCCCUCAAGUACCAACGCAAGCUACUUACUGCAUUUCUAAAGCAGCUUUGGAUCAUUUCACGCGCUGCGCUGCCUUAGAACUGGCACCUUCAGGCGUUAGAGUGAACAGCGUCAAUCCAGGACCAGUGAGGACAGAUAUUCUGGAAAAUUCCGGCAUACAAAACCCCGAUGCUGUGUGGGAGAAAUUGAAAAGUGGUACAGCCCUGAAUAAGCUUGGAGAGCCCGGAGAAAUAGCUGAACUCAUGUUGUUUUUGGCCAGUGACAAGGCGAGGAGCAUUACUGGGUCUAUUUAUGUGUCUGACAAUGGAUUUUUGCUUAAAAAUUAGUGAACCGAAGUUAAAGAAUCUUAUUUUUUCAAAGCAAACUAUUAUGCUUGGGUACUUUUGAACGUAACAUUUUUAUGUAUCACAAAAAUAUAUUAUUUAAAAAA